UAUUGGAAUCAUUGAAGUGCUCUUUGCUCUUCUCUCUCUCUCUCUCUCUCUCUUUCUCUGUCCAUCAACUUGUUUAGUGGGUGGCAACGAACUGUCGAAACUCUUUAGAAUUCAAAACAAUUGAAUUAUUUUACAACUCAAUCAAAUGAAAAACGUAUUGGAUGUCAUGUCGUUGCAGCAGCACGUGGAAACGAGCAAAGCACAAAAUAUGAAGCCCAUAGAUUAUCGCAAUUCGAGUAAACCUGGUCUGGUGCCACUCUACAUCUUCGAGUGCGCCGCCAAGCUAAAGAUGAAGCCACUGACUGCGGCCUGUGCAGCCAUCGUUUAUCAUCGCUUCUUCAAGGAGGUCAAGUCGUCGGAUUACGAUGAGUUCCUAAUUGCCGCCUCGUCGCUGUAUUUGGCUGGCAAAAUCAAAGACGAUGACAGUGUCAAAAUUCGCGAUGUCAUCAAUGUGGCAUAUGGCACACUGAAUCGGGGCAGUGCGCCAUUGGAUCUGAAUGAUGAAUAUUGGGCCAUGCGGGAUGCCAUUGUCCAGGCCGAGUUGCUCAUAACACGCACAUUGGGCUUUGAUCUCAAUAUUGAGCUUGCGCACAAAUACUUGCUCUACUACAUGAAGACACUACAAGAUUGGAUCGGUGCGGAUGUGUGGAGCUCUGUGCCGAUUGCCAAGACGGCUGCCUCGUACUUACAGGACUUUCACCACAGCCCAAAUAUCUUGAAAUACAAGCCAACGCACGUGGCAAUCGGUUGUCUGUCGCUGGCACUGCAAACAUAUGGCGUACAGGUUCCCCUGACCGACGAAUCGGACGAGGCAUCGAUGUGGUAUAAGCCACUGGUGAAGGACUUCACACGAGAGAAUCAAUGGGAGAUUAUUGAGGAUGUCAUUGAGGUCUAUCGACACGAAGCAUCAUUAAAUUCCACCUAAACCAUA